AUGGAAAGCCCCAGGCGUGUGUAUCUCUUCGGAGAUCAGACUGCCGACUUUGACUCGGGCCUUCGCCGCCUGCUUCAUGCCAAAAAUAACUCUUUACUGAAGGCCUUCUUCCAGAAGUGCUACCAUGGGUUGCGGACGGAGAUCAGCCAGUUGUCGCCAUCCCAGCGGCAGAUCUUCCCUCGUUUCACGAGUAUUGUUGAUCUUCUAGCACGGUAUCGACAGUCGGGACAGAACCCAGCUUUGGAAAGUGCAUUGACGACCAUUUAUCAACUUGGAAGCUUUAUCCACUACUACGGAGACAUUGGCCAUGAUUAUCCUGUUGGAUCUGACAGCUGUAUUAUUGGUCUUUGCACCGGUCAGCUUGCGUCCGCUGCUGUGAGCUCUUCACGAACGGUGGGUGAGCUCAUCCCAGUCGGUGUUCAAACUGUUGUUCUGGCCCUUAGACUCGGAUCCUCCGUCAUCAAGGUGCGUGACCUUGUGGAGUCAAAUGGAGCAUCUUCGAGCUGGUCCGUUUUGGUCUCCGGAAUCCGGGAGCCAGAGGCUCAGAAAUUGAUUCAAGGCUUUGCCCAAACACAUGCUCUGCCUCGCGUGUCUGAGCCGUAUAUCAGUGCGAUCAGCCAAAAUGGUGUGACUAUCAGUGGCCCACCUUCCUCCCUCGGAAAGUUCAUCGAUGAAUGCCUCUCCAAGGAACACAAGCCUACCAGGGCCCCAAUCCACGGUCCUUACCAUGCCGCCCACUUGUACGAUGCGAGAGAUAUCAACCGAAUCAUGGAUUUCUGGCCCAAGGAGGACUUUGAGAAAUAUGUGCCUCGAAUCCCGAUCCUUUCAGUUGAGACGGGAAAGCCAAUAGAGGCCGGAAAUAUGGAAGACCUUUUGAAGAUUUCACUGGAGGAGAUUCUGUUACGGCAGCUUUGCUGGGAUAAGGUCAUCGACUCUUGUUCUUCAAUAUUGAAGUCAACAGACUUGAAGUGUUCCCUGCUUCCUAUCUCCACCACUGCAACACAAAGCCUUUACACGUCAUUAAAGAAGGCUGGAAUCUCAAACCUCGAGGUUGAUUCCUCCAUUGGUGAUGUGAAGAAGGACACGGAACGUGACAACCACACUGGCCGCUCCGAGCAAUCCAAGAUUGCCAUCAUCGGUCUUUCUGGAAGAUUCCCCGAAGCCCCGGACACUGAAGCUUUCUGGGACCUUUUGUACAAGGGACUCGACGUUCACCGUGAAGUGCCUCCAGAGCGCUGGGAUGUGAAGGCUCACGUCGACAUGGAUGGAAAGAAGAGAAACACGAGCCAAGUUCAAUAUGGUUGCUGGAUCAACGAACCCGGUUUGUUCGAUCCCAGAUUCUUCAACAUGUCGCCUCGUGAGGCCCUGCAGGCAGAUCCUGCACAGCGCCUUGCCCUUCUCACUGCCUACGAAGCAUUUGAGAUGGCCGGCUUCAUUCCAGACAGUACUCCAUCCACGCAAAAGAACCGAGUUGGUGUGUUCUACGGAAUGACUAGUGAUGACUAUCGUGAGAUCAACAGUGGUCAGGACAUUGACACUUACUUCAUCCCUGGUGGCAACCGCGCUUUCACUCCUGGUCGCAUCAACUAUUACUUCAAGUUCAGCGGCCCUAGUGUCAGCGUUGAUACGGCUUGUUCGUCCAGCCUGGCUGCCAUUCACGUUGCAUGCAACUCUCUAUGGCAAAAUGAUUGCGAUUCUGCAGUGGCGGGUGGUGUCAAUAUCCUGACAAACCCGGACAAUCACGCUGGUCUUGACCGUGGCCACUUUCUCUCGCGGACCGGAAACUGCAACACCUUCGAUGAUGGUGCCGAUGGCUACUGCCGAGCUGACGGUAUUGGUUCAGUCGUUCUCAAGAGACUUGAGGAUGCGUAUGCCGACAAUGACCCGAUAUAUGGUGUCAUUGAUGGAGCUUACACCAACCACUCGGCUGAGGCUGUCUCUAUAACUCGGCCCCUUGCUGGCGCUCAGUCUUUCAUUUUUGACAAGCUGCUCAAUGAGGCCGACAUUGAUCCCAAGGAAGUCAGCUACAUAGAGAUGCAUGGCACUGGAACCCAGGCCGGUGAUGCCGUGGAGAUGGAAUCAGUGUUGGGGGUCUUUGCUCCAGACUAUCGCCGUGGGCCAGCACAGUCGCUUCAUCUUGGCUCAGCCAAGUCCAACAUUGGCCACGGAGAAUCCGCUUCGGGUGUUUCAGCCUUGAUCAAGGUCCUCGUCAUGAUGCAGAAGAAUAUGAUCCCGCCCCACUGUGGCAUUAAGAACAAGAUCAAUCAGAACUUCCCCACGGACUUGGCGCAACGAAACGUUCACAUCGCUAUGGAACCAACUCCCUGGAACCGUCCUGAGGGUGGUAAGCGCAAGAGCUUUGUCAACAACUUCUCAGCAGCUGGCGGAAACACUGCACUGUUGAUUGAAGAUAGCCCUCUGCGCGAGCGCAAAGGCGAGGAUCCUCGAUCUGUGCAUACCGUCACUGUUUCUGCGAGAUCCCAGUCUGCACUUAAGAAUAACGUGGCCGCAUUGGUUCAGUACAUUGAUACCCGCAAGAACAUGUUCAAUGCCAAUGAGUCAAGUCUCCUUGCCAGCCUUUCCUACACCACUACCGCCCGACGCAUUCACCACCCAUUCCGGGUUACCGCGACUGGCUCCACGCUGGAGGAAAUCCGGAAUGGCUUGACCUCUGAUCCAAACCGCGAGAGCAUCACUCCGGUUCCCUCCACUGCCCCUGGUGUCGGAUUUAUCUUCACUGGACAGGGCGCUCAGUACACCGCCAUGGGGGGUCAGUUAUAUGAGAACAACUCUCAAUUCCGGACUCACAUCGAGAACCUUGAUCGUAUUGCCCAAAGCCAGGGCUUCCCAUCGAUCAUUCCUCUGAUCGACGCCAGUGUCCCAAUUGAGGAGCUGAGUCCCAUUGUCACUCAACUGGGAACCACAUGCAUUCAGAUGGCGUUGACGAAGUUCUGGAUCUCUCUCGGAGUUACUCCUUCUUUUGUCCUCGGCCACAGCUUGGGCGAAUACGCUGCCAUGAACGCUGCUGGAAUCCUGACUACCAGUGACACCAUCUAUCUGGUUGGUCGCCGAGCUCAGCUGCUCACUGAUCAGUGCCAAGUUGGAACCCACGCUAUGCUGGCUGUCAAGUCCUCGGUCGCCCAAGUGAAGCAGUUCUUGGACCAAAACGCCGCUGAGGUUGCAUGCAUCAAUGCUCCCAGCGAGACUGUCAUCAGCGGAACCGUUGACGAGAUUGAGAAGCUCGCUGACAAGCUCGCCAACGAAGGAUUCAAGGCUACUAAGCUGAAGGUGCCUUUUGCGUUCCACUCUGCCCAGGUUGAGCCUAUCCUUGAGAAUCUCGCAGAGGCGGCCAAGGGUGUCACUUUCCAUGAGCCCUCUGUUCCGUUUGUCUCCGCUCUUCUUGGAGACGUUAUCAAGGAAGCCAACCUGGAGGUUCUUGCUCCCGGGUACUUGACUCGUCACUGCCGGGAGACUGUCAACUUCCUUGCUGCUCUGGAGGCUACUCGCCACGCAAAACUGAUGAACGAGAAGACUCUCUGGGUUGAAAUUGGCUCCCAUCCCGUCUGCUCCGGAAUGGUAAAGGCUACCUUCGGUCCCCAAGCAACGACCGUAGCAUCUCUCCGUCGCCAAGAGGACAGCUGGAAGGUGUUGUCUAACAGCCUUUCCUCACUGUACAUGGCAGGUGUCGAUCUUCGCUGGAAGGAGUACCACCAAGAUUUCAGCUCUAUGCACGAGGUUCUUUACCUUCCCGCGUACAAGUGGGAUCUCAAGAACUAUUGGAUCCCUUACACCAAUAACUUUUGCUUGUUGAAGGGCGCUCCGGCAACUCCUGCGGCCGUGGCCGCGCCUGUCUCGACCUACUUGACAACAGCUGCUCAGAAGGUCCUUGAGACUAGCGGCGACAAUAAGACGGCAACUGUGGUUAUUGAAAAUGAUAUAGCCGAUCCUGAAUUGAACCGUGUCAUCCAAGGUCACAAAGUCAAUGGAGCCGCUCUUUGUCCAUCGUCGCUGUACGCCGACAUUGCUCAAACACUUGGUGAGUUCCUGGUGAAGAAUUACAAGCCUGAGUGGGAGGGUCGCGGCUUUGACGUCUGCGAUGUGGUUGUUCCCAAGCCCAUGAUCGCAAAGGGUGGCAAGCAGCUGUUCCGGGUCUCAGCCACUGCCAACUGGGCCAAGGAGUACGCUCAGGUGCAAGUCUGGUCAGUCACUCCUGAGGGCAAGAAGAUAAUCGAUCAUGCCCACUGCCAGGUCAAGUUCUUUGACACCAGCGCUGCCGGGCUUGAAUGGAAGCGCAACGCUUAUCUCAUCAAGAGAAGCAUUGCGCACCUCCAGGAAAGCACCGAGUCUGGCGAAGCCCACCGCAUGAAGCGUGGAAUGGUGUACAAACUGUUUGCAUCCUUGGUCGACUACGACGAGAAUUUCAAGUCUAUUCAGGAAGUUAUUCUCGACAGCGAGCAGCAUGAGGCUACGGCGUUGGUCAAGUUUGCAGCUCCUCCUGGAAACUUCCACCGCAACCCCUUCUGGAUUGACAGCAUUGGUCAUCUGUCUGGCUUCAUCAUGAAUGCCAGCGAUGCAACCGACUCCAAGAACCAGGUGUUUGUCAACCACGGCUGGGACUCCAUGCGCUGUGUAAAGAAGUUCGACCCCAAUGUGACUUACCGUACCUACGUUCGGAUGCAGCCCUGGCAGAACUCUAUCUGGGCAGGCGAUGUGUGGAUGUUUGAUGGUGACGAUAUUGUUGCUGUUUACGGUGGCGUGAAGUUCCAAGGUUUGGCCCGGAAGAUCCUCGACACUGUUCUUCCACCUGCUGGUGCUUCUCCUGCCAAGGCAAGACCUGCGCCCAUCGACAUUCAAAAGUCGAAGGCUCCAGUCAAGAAGACGACCACUCGCUCUGCACCCUCUCCCAAGCCUACCAGCCCUAGCAUCAUCACCAAAGCUCUUAAUGUCUUGGCUGAGGAAGUGGGCCUUUCCGCAUCCGAGAUGACUGAUGACCUCAACUUUGCGGACUACGGUGUCGACUCUCUGCUUUCCUUGACUGUGACUGGUCGCUACCGUGAGGAGAUGGGUCUUGACCUUGAAUCCUCCGUCUUCGUGGAUCAACCCACUGUCAAGGUCUUCAAGCAGCUCCUGACCCAGAUGAGCCCUGCUGAGAGCAGCAGUGAUGGAUCUGGCAGUGAACCUGAUAUUUCCUCUUCUGCCUCCUCGACAGACAUCUCUUCUCCCAACUCGAGUGGACUUCCCACUCCCGCAAAUGAGAAGAGCAUGACCUACGAGCAAAAUGACAGCAUGAAGCAGAUUUGCGAGAUUCUGGCCAACGAGAUUGGAGUUGAGCCCAAUGAGCUUCAGGGUGAUGAAAACCUGGGUGAGAUGGGCCUCGAUUCUUUGAUGUCUCUCACCGUGCUCGGUAAGAUCCGUGAGACUCUGGACCUCGAUCUUUCUGGAGAGUUCUUCAUCGAGAACCAGACGGUCAAUGAAAUCGAGACUGCACUCGAUCUGAAGCCCAAGGUUGCUGCUCCCGGGCCUGUCAAGCUGCUCCAGGAUAUCGCGGUUGAAGCACCCAAGGCCACCUCCACUACGGCUAUCCAGCAUCCGCCCGCGACUUCCAUCCUGCUGCAAGGAAACCCCAAGACAGCGACUCAGAAGCUCUUCUUGUUCCCUGACGGAUCUGGGUCUGCCACAUCUUACGCCACAAUCCCGGGUAUCUCUCCCGACGUCUGUGUGUACGGAUUGAAUUGCCCCUACAUGCGGACCCCGGAGAAUCUCAAAUUUAGCCUGGACGAGAUGACCGCUCCUUAUGUGGCUGAGAUCCGCCGUCGCCAGCCUCACGGCCCUUACAAUUUUGGCGGCUGGUCAGCUGGUGGCAUUUGCGCUUACGACGCAGCCCGCCAACUGAUUAUUGAGGAGGGCGAGCGAGUCGAGCGUCUGCUUCUCCUCGACUCGCCUUUCCCAAUUGGCCUCGAGAAGCUUCCUCGCCGUCUCUACCGAUUCUUCGAUACAAUCGGUCUGUUCGGAGAGGGCAAGGCUCCUCCACCCAAGUGGCUGCUCCCGCACUUCUUGGCCUUCAUCGACUCGCUGGACGCAUACAAGGCCGUUCCUUUCCCAUUCAAUGACAGUGAGCUGGCCGAGAAGCUCCCAAAGACUUUCUUGGUCUGGGCCAAGGAUGGCGUAUGUAACAAGCCCAGUGAUCCUCGUCCUGCGCCUGCCGAGGAUGGAAGCGCCGAUCCCAGGGAGAUGCUCUGGCUACUCAACAACCGCACUGAUCUCGGCCCCAAUGGAUGGGAUACCCUCGUUGGACCUCAGAACGUGCGCGGCAUCACCAUCAUGGAGGGAGCUAAUCACUUCACCAUGACACGUGGCGAGAAGGCCAAGGAGCUGGCAGCGUUCAUGGCUAACGCGAUGAACACCGCUUAA